AUGCUCGUCUACGAGUACAUGCCCAACGGCUCACUGGACUCCUACCUCUUCGGGAGCAGCCCGUGCCCGAGCUGGCACGACCGCUACGCCAUCAUGCUCAGCAUCACCAGGGGGCUGUCCUACCUGCAAGAGGGUUGCCGCGAGCGUAUCAUACAUGGCGACAUCAAGCUGGAGAACAUACUGCUGGACAAGGACCUGUGCCCGAAGAUCGCCGACUUCGGGAUGGCGAAGCUGGUGGGGAGGGACUUCAGCCGGGUCUUGACGACGAUGCCGGGCACCAUUGGAUACCUCGCCCCCGAGUGGAUCUCCGGGCUGCCGAUCAGCGCCAAGGCGGACGUGUACAGCUUUGGAAUGGUGCUCUUCGAGCUUAUCUCGGGGCGGCGCAACGCCGAGAGCUACAACGAUGGCGACGGUGAUGGCACGGAAGCAAGGGCAGCAGGGCAGCGCCCGUCCACGUUCUUCCCGAUCAGGGCCGUAGCGCGGGUGGUGGAAGGGGACACGGCCGCCGUGGUGGACCCGCGGCUGCGCGGUGACCUGCUAGAGCACGCCUGCCGGUGGCAUGCUGGUGCAUCCAGGACCAGGAGGAGCACCGGCCGACCAUGGCGUAGGUCGUGCAGGCGCUGGAGGGCGUCAUCGAUGUCCACUACAGAAAAAUAG